AUGCCCUCCCCAUGUCCUCUUGCUCCUGGCUCUCCCUCCCUCCCCUUCCCCUCCUAUCAAGAUGCCAUCGCCCCCCCCCGUCGAGCCUCCGCCGCCUGCUUCCGCUGCAAGUUCAACAAGGUCAAGUGCGAUGACUUCCGUCCGUGCUCGCGGUGCAACCGCCGGGGCUGCGGUCAGGUCUGCUUCGCCUACAGCGCAUGGCAUGCCGUCGGCCUCGCCUCUGAUAGCCCGAGCUGGCCCAAGCUGACCCGCCGGGCCGAGAAGAGAAGGUCUUGCCAAGGAUGCCGCCAGCGGAAGCUCAAGUGCAGCAUGGAUAAGCCCUGCACGCGCUGCACGACCAACUUCAUGCUCGCCUGCAGCGAGUGUCAGGAGUACGCUGCGACAACAGCCGUCGUGAGGGCUGGCGAGCAGGAGCGCGUGGCUCCGCUCGGCGCAGACUCGCAAGCGGACGGCACGACGACGAGCAAGUUGUUUCCGUGGCAGAGGAGGAAGAGAGUCGAGCGAGCCUGCGAGCUCUGCCGUCAGACCAAGACGAGGUGCGAGCCGUCCCGCCCCUGCGUCAGGUGCGUCAGUGCCGGGCGCGAGUGCGUGGAGUGGAGGGAGCAAGCCUCCGAGUCGUUGCCGGCUGCCGCUAGCAGCCCUCGAGCCUUCGACGUCAGGCUUCACAGCGACGACGGGCUGGGGCCUCUGAGCGCUUGCUUGUAUGACGGGGACGCGUUCUGGGCGGACGGCAAGGCGUCGGCAGGGCUGGAGGCGCUGUGGACCUUGGAGAGCUCGCCGGAGACGAACCGAGAGCUGGGCGAGGCGGGCUUUUGCUACGAGGAGCACUACCAGCGGGGUCACGAGGUCCUGCGGCACGAGGACGAGAGUCAGACGGCAAGUGCGCUGGGGCCGGGAGGCGAGGCAGGAGACGAGUGGGUGGUGUCGAUGCUGGGGGUGGCGGGAUUCGAGGCAAUCGAACAUCACACAGCAGUACAGGAGCACGUGGUAGAUGGAGUGAGGAUCAUGGAACAGGCUCCCAUCCUCCUUAUCACGAGGUUCAUCAAGACGGAGGCCACGAUGCCCUUGGGCUCCAUCCACUUCGCAAACCUCUCAAAGAAGCGCAUGGGAAGAUGGGAGUCCAUCCUGCCCAGCGCAUCCUCGUGA